GUUGAGUGUUUACAAACAUCAGGGAUCGCCCAGUACCCACGUGUGCUUCGCACCAGAGUUGAUAUUACUUCUUGUUAUUCUUCCUUUUUUAUUCAAGUUUCAAACAUUUUUUACCCUUUACUUUUCUUCCAACAAAUUCAAAAGGAUGGCAUCUAUCACGGGAAACAAGGAAAUGCUGGCUGUCUCAGGAGGAAAUUCCGUGUACCUUUUAGAAAGGAAAAAUGGAUCGUUGCAAACUCUGGAACCUCCCGUAGAAGAUAUUAAGAUUACAACAAAAAAGGUCCCAAAAAAGGGAGAAACAAGUUCUGAGCAUGCAGAUAAACACAUGGCUUGUGCGGCCUUGUCAUCGUGUGGUAGAUACUUGGCCCUUGCCACAUGUCGAGGCACAAAGAGUCUACUCAUCUGGCAAUUGGAGGGCCAGACAUGGAGCCUCAUCAGCCAGAGACCCAUUGGCAGAGCGGCGAGUAAAAUCAGAUUUACUAACUCCGCAUCAAGAGUGCUGAUUGCUGACAAGGCGGGAGAUGUGUACUCAUUCUCUGUGACUGAACCGACGAAAGAGAAAGAGUGGUUGUUGGGUCACAUUGCUAUGCUGUUAGAUGUGACAGUUUCUGAUGAUGAAAAGUACAUCAUAUCUUGUGACCGGGAUGACAAAAUUCGAGUUGCGCGCUUUCCAAACUGCUACAAUAUAAAUUCAUACUGUUUGGGCCAUACUUCGUUUGUCACAAGUCUCUCAUUCCUUCCUCACAACCUCUGCAUUCUUGUAUCCAGCUCAGGGGACGGCUGCAUCAAGCUGUGGAAGUAUCUUGAGGGCAAAGAAUUAUUGAGCAUUCCUAUAAAUAAAUAUGUACCAGCGUUGGAUGGUGAAAUUCUUCCUAUUAAACAAUGCUCUGUCUUUCAAGUAUCACCUGAGGCAUCACUCAUGAGCGUUUGCAUUGGAAGCUCAUCAAAAUGCCCCAUAUUUAAAAUUGACGGAACUGACAAUUUGCAAGUCAAACUUUUGUGCACAAUCGGCUCAGAAGAUCAAGAGGUGUGGUGCACUCAAUUUACUAAGGACAAUUCCAUGCUGUUGAUGAAAAACAACAAAAUGCGACCAGUUGAGGUUUGGUCUUGGGACGAGAAUUACGACUUCCUGUUAAAUCAAAAUGAGACUGAGCUCUAUGAAAAGCAUUCGGAUACUUUUCAAGAAUGUUUCUCUUGCCCAUCCAUUCCUUCAAUGCUGUACAGGAAGAAUUAUGACGAGCCUGCAGAUAAGGUCAAGAAACACAGCUAAAACCUCAAAUCAGCUCAUCAUUUAUUUAUUGAGGAACCUUUUUGUAUUUUAUACCCAAUAAAAGGGAAAAAGAAAAAUAUAAUUACAAUUUGUCUACAUUUUUUUAUUAUCACGCACUUCACCACAUUGGAUAAGAAGCGCUGGCUCCUUAUUUAUAAUUUGGCAAUGGCAAGGAAGACGACAAUCGACAAAUUAUAAAUUAUAAUUCGCAAUCCUUUUUCAGCAAGAAGCAAUGCUUUCCUUCAUGCAAAAAGCAUACUUUGCUACUUUCUUCGGUCGAUAGUUAACAGAUGCACACAUUUUUGUCAAUUUACUUAAAUAACAAAUCCUCACUUAACCUUUUUGU